UCCGGUUUUUAUAUUUUGCGUAAAAAUCAAAACAGCACCUAUAUUGAAUUAGUAUGCCCGAAGUUAAUGAAAAGAAAUUACCAAUCGCAGUACCGCGGUUUGUGAAUGGCAAAUAUUCGCCAUUGAACCUUUAUAAGGUGGCGUGUGUAGUACGAAAUAAAGUGGUGGACAUUACGAGUGAAAUAUAUAUUGCUUAUCUGUAUUUUCUAUAAUGAAGAUUGCCAUUGAAGGGUGUGCGCACGGCGAAUUGAACAAGAUCUACGAAAGUGUCCAUUACAUCGAGAAGCGUGAAGGCAUAAAAAUCGAUCUCUUAAUCUGCUGCGGUGACUUCCAAUCUGUUCGCAAUCAUGAAGAUAUGAUCAGCAUGGCGGUCCCACCCAAGUACAGGGAGAUGAAAGAUUUCCCAGAUUACUACACUGGCAAGCGAAAAGCCCCUGUGUUAACCCUGUUCAUUGGUGGUAACCACGAAGCCGCCCGAUAUUUAUGGGAACUCCCAUACGGCGGGUGGGUGGCAGAAAAUAUAUUUUACUUAGGCUUUGCUGGGGUUGUAAAUUUUGCAGGGCUAAGAAUUGGAGGUUUAUCUGGCAUCUUUAAACAUAAGGAUUUCUAUAAAGGCCACUUCGAAAUACCGCCUUUUAGCGAAGACACUAAACGCUCCUUCUAUCACGUUCGAAGUUCUGAUGUUGCUAAGCUUAAGUUGUUAGUCGAUGAUCCCUUUGAUAUAUUUCUUAGUCAUGAUUGGCCUAAAAGAAUAUAUCACUAUGGCGAUAGUGAACAGUUGAUUAGGUUCAAACCUUUUUUGAAAGACGAAAUCAAUAGUAAUUCUUUAGGUAGCGAAGCUGCUGAGGAAUUGCUGAAGUCGUUGAAGCCCACCUAUUGGUUCUCUGGACACAUGCAUGCAAAGUUCUCUGCUAUUGUGGAGCAUUCAACUGGAGGAAGAACAAAAUUUUUGGCAUUGGAUAAAUGCUUGCCGAGGCGAAAUUUCCUGCAGAUAAUUGACGUUGAUCAAACUCAACAGGAAGAAAUUCCUAGUCUACGCUACGAUAAACAAUGGGUGUGUGUGUUGCGCGCCACCAAAGACAUUUUUAGCAAAUCCAACAAACAAACUUUUUUAACGGAACUUUCUGAAGAUUAUAAACCUAAUAGCACAAGUAUUGCUGAAGUUGAAGAACUCUGCGAUGGAGACUUCUCCAUUUUACCAUUUUCGAGGUCUGUCGACGGACGGAAUGAACAAACUUCAUUGUUUUGUGAACGAUUUCAACUUUAUAAUCCGUGUUCCACAAAAAGUGCUAUUGUAAACAAUGCUAGUGGUAGCAGCCGUUUUGCUUCGACUAAUCAGCGUAGACUUAGUUUGCCGAAGCCAGUUAAUUUCGAGGAAAGUAAACCGAAACUACAAAGCACCUUAGAUGACGAAGAUGAUUUUAGCGAACUUACAAAUCCGAACAUAUCGUCGAAUCCCGACGAAAUUAACAUCAGCGGCGACGAAACUUCAAGCAGUGACAGUGGCGUAACCAACGACGACAACAACGAUUGUGACAUGACGAAGGCGUCUUUCAUUGAAACGCCGUAUAAAACGACGGAUGAUUCAACUUCGGUGGAUUGCAAAGAAAGCGGAAUAGCGGAUGUUUCUUCGGGUGAAGGGUGCAGUGAAAGCACUUGUGGUACAGAUGAUAAGGACAGCUGUGGAGAAACUCCAAUCCCGAAAAAAAAGUUUAAAUUAGUCCGUCGAAAUCAGGAGAUCUAUACCCCCUCUGAUGGUAUGGAGUAGCCAACAACUCAACGCUAUGUAUUGAUUAAAACAGCCUCGAAUAGCCACUAAUUUUAACAAGUUUUCUUAUCCGUUUUCCGAGAAAGAUAGAAAUGUCUCUUGCUUGCGCGUAGCCGGGGAGAGAAAAUUUAUUUUCUCACGUCAUAUUGAACACACUCUGUCUACAUCUUUUUGUUACGUGCUAGUUAAACCAUUUGGGCAUGUACCUUGGCUUUCGUAAAGUUUAUAAUUUAGUAUUGACGAUACAGCCAGUUUUAUUCUUUUGUAUUUUAACAUAGAUGUUUAUAAGUUUUAACAAUUUUUUACGCUUAACAAAAUAAUAGAGUUAAUAAUAGUAGUCUAGCCAUAUUUAUUUCCACGGAUCCGCCAGUCCUUAAAGUUUCGCCCGUUGUACAUAUCGCCUGAAUCAUUUUAUCCUACAAUUUUGUCCGCCUGUUAGCAUGAAGUAAUAAAACUGCGGAGUUCCGAAGUAAAGCUACAGCGUGACCAUUUUGAACACACAGAAUACGGCUAUUAUUAUCACUACACCAACUUCAAAGCCACGGCUUUCAAAAUGGCCGUACUUCUAUUUCAUAUUUCUUCGUCUGUAAAAAUUGGGUUCUGCGGGGUUUUGCCGGGAUUUUCCGAGAAAGCUGCGCGCAACCAUUUUGAACACACGGAAUGCAGCUAUUAACAGAUUUCGUGAACCCGUAACUCAAAAUAGCGAAUCGGCUACCGUUUUAAACAAAUUAUAGGUAUUAAUUGCCGCCCUGUAAUGGGCGGCUUUCAGGUUGAUGGGCAUGAAAAACAGAUUUAAAUGCUAAGCGAGGCCUUGCGUUUCGUGUUAUGCUACCUGAUUACAUGUAAACAAAAUAUAGAUUUUAUCAAGCUCGUAUUUGAAAAAAUUCUAGUAAUUCAUGUAGGGGUAUUUUAUUUUGGUACUGUCUCGUGCAGUCACUUGAGUUUAAUAUUGUCGAAGGACACUGUCAACAGAUGGUAAGAAAGCAGAGAAAAUAGUUUGAUCAUUAAGAUAUCUAUUCUCAGUCGAAUUGUUGUUUUUAAAUGUGCGAGCAUUUUUUAGGUUGUAUGAUAAAGGGGGAAAUUUGGGCUGAAGAAACAUUUGGCGACAAUUGUUGAAUUUGAUAAAAAUCUGCCAAAUUUAAUUCCCAUCGAAAUAAGUUUUAUCCAAAUUCACCAAAUUUUAAAUUUCUGCCAAAAUGAAUCUAAAAAACUUAUUUAUUUCAUUUUACCGUCUUCAUUUCUCUGCUUUAACAAUAAUGCAUCGGCUCGGCCUUUAGAUAGUUAGAAUAGAGAGGAUGGUAAUUUUAUUGAUGCUACUGCGGGACGUACAAACAUGUAGUUGCCAUAACUGUACACAUCUUUUUAUUUAAGAAUCUUGUGAAAGUAAGCAGGCUCAAUGUUUCUUAAGUUUUCUCCCAUUCCAGGUUCAAAUGUUUUUUAAGUAGUAUUCCUGUUCUAAAGAUUCAACAUGGACGUUGGCUGCCAUUCCGUAUUGCAUUGCAUUGCGAUAAACAAUGUAUUGCGGUGUUAUUUUAUGCAAACAGGAAAUUGCAAGAGCACACAUAAGAUUGUUUUGUUUCCUGUUCCUAAGAUUUCGCUUUUUUCUAUAAUGCAAAAAAUAUUUUUUCUUAAUUUCCCGUUUUUAGUCUGCCAAAAGACAGUUGGCCAAAAAAAGUUAAAUUAAAAAUCUAUAAACUUUUAUAAUUUAAAUUUUAAACCAAACGGGAUUGAUGACGAAUUUGUAGAUCAUUUCCUUAUACCUUAUCUGAAAAUAUGUCUUUUACUCCUUGGUCUAUAUUGAAAGAACAAAAUUAUAGUAGUUAUAUGGAUGUUUGAAUGUUUUUACUAAUGCGGUUUUCAUCGCUGACUUCCCAUUAGUUUUUUUUAAAGGAUUUAUAAGAGAUGCUAAAACCAUACCGACCAUAAAGUUAUGUGGUCGGUGGAAUUUAAUAUUCGCUUGAUAAUUACGUAAUUAAGACAGUAUAAGCUACAUGCAGUUGUGGCAUUUUUAUUAACCUUUCGUCCAAAUUUGACAAUGGUAUUUGAUGAUUGUCCAUAUCUUCAUACUUUCAGCUUGAUAUUUGAUUAUCCAUUUCUUUGACUUUCGCUACAAUUAGCUAGCUCUAAUUCUUGUUUGGUUAUCCUUAUUCUAGGUAGCCACAUCCAAGCAUAGAUUGCAUUGUACAUAUGGUGGUUUUUAGCCUAGAAGGUUGAUUAACAAGUACUUUAGUCCAUGCUCACUGUCUCUGCAGCCACAUAGCUAAUACCUUUUUACCAUCAUCCAACUUUGAUCUUUGUAAAAGUUAAUACCCGUAAGUUGUUCGUACUUGAAACGUUUUAAUAAAGUUAAUAUACCACAGAUAGGAUUAGCAGCACCAUUUCAUCACGCUACUUAAAAGGUCAACGUUAGUAUAAAAAGCAAAGAAAAGAAAAAACAGAACGUUACACAUUUCUGCCUUUUUCCGUAUGACACAAAUAAUUCUUUGUGAGAAAGUGACCGAGAAACUUGACUGGGCUAUCGAGUCAAACGAAAAUAGAAUAAAAUUUGUCCCUACAAGCGCUUUACUUGUGCCCAGACUGCGCUGUAUGAAAGUCGGUAAUGUUUUUUAAAUGUUUCUUACCUUUUUUCGUUUCUGAAGCUCGUGUUUCUUAAAUAAAAGAAGAUUAUGUGGGUUUUUUUUCACAAACCAUGUGACCGGGGGAGGAAGCAUUCCACCACUUCCAUACAUUUGUUAGGCUUGAACAUGCCUCAUGUAAGCAACAAAAUGGUUGCAAUAAAUGUUUGCUUAUAAAACCACUUUUCCUAUGACGUCGUCGGAACCCAAAAUUUGCCUAAAUUACCACUAUUUGUCUACAAUUCAAUUACUUUUCCACAUUCUGUUUAAAGCUAAAUAACGAAUAAUAUACGUUCCGGUUUUUAUACAAGUUUGCAUGUAAAAACGCUAAAAAUUGCCUAAAAAUCUGGAGGUUUUCCUUUUUUUCGGGUCCAAUAUUUACAGAAUGAUUUCCCCUAAUCAAAUUUAAAGUUUAAAGUUCUAAGGAUAAUCCUAAUAAAUUUCACAAAGUUUUUAAGGGUAGUAUCCGUAAUAGCCAAUAUGUAAGCUUCUGAAAGGUAUAGGACCUAUAAAAUUGGUAUGCAGGUAGUUAAUAGAUAAUUGUAAUAACUGAGUAUCAUAAUUAUGCGGCUUAGCAAAUAAGAGUUAUUAAACAAAAAAACCGGCAAUAAAAUUGCUUCGCAUUCUUGUUCCUCAAAGACUCUUCUCAUUACAUGUAUGUCAGCUUCUCCGACGCUUCCGAGACCAGUACUCACUUGUAAUAGACCCGUCACUUCCUGAAUAUCAAUUCUUAGUAUCCAUUUAUUAGUUUCGCCAAUGAUUCGACUAAGUAUCUCUUCUACUCCGAGAGUCUGUAUUCCCGGAUUAUUUUCGUUGAGUUGGACUAGAUUACAUGUAAAAAUACCCCUAUAAACUUUAUGUGCGCAGAGCCUCUUUCCUUCCAGUUUGCUUUUGUUUGUUACAAGAAUGUUCUAGAAAUGAUCAGCAUCAGAUAGUGCUGACCUUUGUUUCUUUGGCUGAGAUUUUAUAAUAUUCUUAGAAAAUACCAUUAAGAAGUAGAAAAGCAUAAAAAAGUAAUUUUCCGUUAACAGUUUAUUUAUAUAUUCUUGCAAUAAAUAUAAUUUAUUUAUAAUUUUUGUACCUUGACCUUCUGAGCAGUCUGGAGAGUAAUAUUAUUGACGAAGAUCUUACUUAAGCUGUUUUGCAGCCCCUUACGAAAUAGAAAUCAAAAAUUAUUAAUAAACAAUCAUGCUUAAUUGAGUUAAAAAUCGACAUGGAUGUUAAUAAUUUAACUUUUUUAGAUUUAAUGAUAAGAAAAAACAACUAAAACAGAAGUUUUUUUAGAAAAAAUAAUCCCAUUGUCUCACUUCUCUUUCAAAAUAAAGCGUUUUAUUUUAGAAAGGCAAGUGAGUCAUAGAGGUCAUCGUUUUACAGCAUAUUUUUAUAAAAUUCUAUUUGUGAUGUUUUUUCCAAUUUUCUAAACUAUUGGUUUCUUCAGAAUUUUCCAAAUUUGUCAAAUCUGCAAAAUUAAGUACACGUGGAAAAUUAGAAAAUUCAGCAAUUCGUCAAAUUUUAAGCCAGAGUAAGUAGAACGCGAUUUCCUUCCCUUAAAAUAUUCAACUGUCUCCAUCAAUCAUAAAGGAUAUCAAUGUAAGUGUACCUUGUAUGAAUACUUCAUAACGAAAGUGUAGUUUAUUUUGGUAACAUUUUUACGCCAUUCCUGCAAAUUAAUACCCGCGAAAUUAACCCGCCAAAAUGACUACCAUUAAAAAACAACGUGCGUUGUUAAAAUAAUAAAAUGAUUUAGUUUUUAAAAAGAUAAUGUUACGAACAUGCAAAGAACAGAUGGUAACAAUUUUCAACUUGCAUUGUUAUGCAUUCUAGCUGUUAAGAUUUAUGUUUUGAAAAUUAUACAAAACAAGAGCGAGACAAUCUUUUUAUUUCCCACAAAAGAUUUAUUCUGUGGGAUUCGAUGAACUCAUUAUAAAUAUUACGAAAUCCCAAAUGAUCAAUUACCUUGACUUUACCUUUAAGAAAUAAAAUAGAUCCUGAGAUUAAGUGAGUUAUAUUUUGCCUAUAUAGCUUUCAGAGAUACUUAUUCAUUUUCAAUUUCAACCACAACAAAAAUAUUUUUUUGUUUAAUUUUACUAACAUUGUCAUUAAAUAAUUUUAACCUUUAAAGUUGCGUUCAUAUAAAAGACCUUUGAACGCUAUCUAGGAACCUUUUUAAAUUCUUUUAAAAAACUUUAUUUGUUUUUGUAUUAAUAAGCGUCUAAUGAUGUCAUUAUCAGCUAAUGAUAAGGAGUUAAAUCAUCAAUGUCCCGUAUAUUCACAUUGAUAUCUGGUGCUGACAUUAACAUUCUAACACAUUCAAUAUAUCCACCAUGACACGCAUAAUGUAAAGGUGUUUCAUUGAAAAUGUUUCGUACAUUCACAUCAAUAUGUGGUUACGACAACAACAACUUCACACAUUCAAUAUGGCCACCACAAGAUGCAUCAUGUAAUGGUGUGUUUUUAUUACUGUUAACAUUGUUAAUAUUUGUCACGUCAUGACUAAUUAAAACUUUUAAACCAUCAUGAUGACCAUCACCUGCACAGGCGUCAUAUGCAUUCCAGUUGUUUUUUAUUUACAUCAUUCACAUCACUACCAGCAUCAAUUGAACAUUUUACUAUUGAUGGUCUGUUGUACCAUGCAGCUUCCAUAAGCAGUGUAGCUACUUCCACAACCGUCCAUCAUUUCAACGAUAUCUGGAUCAUCAAUAAGAAUUGAUUGAAAUUUCUUGGGAUCACCUUUUUUAAUAAUUUCAACAAUUUUUAAACACGAAUUAUAUAAAUACAAACAGUAAUUCGGAAUAAUUCGAAAUAAGAAUGAAAUAAAUAAAAAAUAGAUAUAGAAUACUGAGUGUCGCAUUAUGCGUAUUCCUACAUUUUGUGCUUACUAUUCGAUAGCAAAGGAAAAGUAAAAACAAGUUAUCCAUCCGAAGAAAAGUCAUUAAGUAUAACUUAUCCGGCGAUCAUUGCCGAACAUUUUUCCCUUACUUUUAAAAAAUCAUGUCGUUUUUCCUGCAGCAUGUAUCAUGGGCGUUUUUGACUUAUAGGCAAUGGCACGUUUUAGUUUUUGUCAAAAUUGUAAGUAUUUAAAACGACAUACCAAAAUUGAUGUGAUAUAAAACCUUGAUCUUUAUGUUAGUACUGUUUUUGUUUUAAAUCAACAAAAUUUAGAUUUCUUUGUGAUCUAAAAAAAUGGAUAAAGCUGGACUGCUCUGGAUAAAAAAGACAUGCCGAACAUUACGGUCACAAUAUUUUUUUUAAUACCUCUGUUAAAAUUUGCCUAAAUAUUAAAACUUAAACUUGAACUUAAAGCAUGGUACACAAGAACGAACAACGCGGAAAGUGAGAAUCAAAACGUCAUUUUGUGUCAUGUGAAAUAAACUGUCGCGGGGCAAGUGGGUAAUUAUUUCGUAUUUUAACGCAUGUGUACAACUCUUUCUCCAAAUUGUCGGAUAAACUAUAGUUUAUCAUAUCUAAUAUUCGAAUUUUUAUAAUUUUUCCUACAGCCUAUUUUGCACUCAAUUGCGCUUUUGUAAAAGUAUUAAUCGAAGGCGUGUUGUUUUAAACUGGUUCGUUUUCUUCUUACUUUUUAAAAGUCUUUUCGCGAUUUGUAACACUACGAGUUAGUAUAAUGAUACAGGGUUCAAAUAAAACAGCAAAAAUUGCUAUUUUUUCUCUUUUUGAACGGAUGUUGAACAAGUUUUGACAAACUAACAAGAAGAAGAACGAAGCAUUUAAUAUACAUUACAACAGGUGAAUUAUACACUUUGGUUUAAAAGUAUAUACGUGGAAAAGUUGAAGGAUAUAUAUAUAUAUAAUUUUUUUGCUACAGAAUUCUUCGAGUAUACUCAAAAGACAUUGUAUUUUUGGAAUAUCAGUCCAUUCUUCUUUGUCCCAGAAAAUUAAUUAUUCUUUAUUUACCUGGGUAAGUUCAUGUAGGCAAAAUAAUUAUUUCCAAAUUAUUUAUUUUAUAUCUCUAUAAUAAUAGCCGUCGUCUGUCUGUCUCUGCGCGGACUCCCGCCAAGUUAGAAAAUGAUGUUACGGAAACACGAAUAUCAAAUGCGAUAUAUUUUUAUCCACUUUGUGGCGACGUGUAAAUAAAAAGGACGGACGAACCCGUGGAUUUUUCCACCGGCAACGACUAGUCUAUUUAAUAAAAGCCGUAUCGGUGUGUUCAAAAUGGUUGCUCGCAGCUGCAUUCCGGAUCUCCCGCAGAGUUGAUAAUUUGCUAAUUUGCUGCCGUGGAUUUUUUCACGGAUUUAACGACUUGUCUCUUUAAUAAUAGCCGUAUUCAUUUAAAAAUGGCUGCACCGCUUCUUUUUUUCGGAAAACCCACAGCGCAGCAGCUGUAUUUAAGACUCCCUGCAGAACCUCAUUACUGACUAUGUGAUCAAUCACAAGCCAAAUGUUUAUGAAUAUCCAACUAUGAAGUUUUUGGCGGCUCCGACAUUCUGACAAAGGAAUCUAAGCUAGCGUGACGGCGGUCAAUUUGAAAGCUGUGGCGUUAGGACUGGUUGGUCUGUUUUUCGAUGAUCUUUUUAUACUUGUAUUUGUAAUACUUGUAAUAUUUGAGUUUUAUACGUUAACAUAUUAGGAAAAAUAUAUUGUAACGUUUUCUAGCCUUAUAUAAAUCUUAUUAAAAACCUA